ACGCCAGCUAGGCCCGGCCGGCGCGGACGAAGCUGUGUAUAUAUUACCAGGGAGCACCAGCGUGCGGCCACGUACACGCCCGGCAGCGGCGAAAACAAGUCGAGAAAAUUCGGCAGCGUGCGCGGGUUCGCCUGUGUGUGUGUGUGUGUGUGUGUGUGUGUGUGUGUGUGUGUGAGAGAGAGAGAGAGAGAGAGAGAGAGAGAGAGAGAGAGAGAGAGAGAGAGAGAGAGCUGGGCGAUGGCAGCGGAGGGCCCGAAGAAGGCGGAGGCGCCGGCCGCGAAGGACGUGGCGGAGGGGAAGGCCGUCGUCCCGGCGCCCGGGCCGCCGGCUGGUGACUCCAAGGCCCUUGUCGUCGUCGACAAAGUAUCGACCUCAUCAUCAGAAGUUUCAUCGUUGCUGUCGGUUGAUGCAUCACCCUCCAAGGCCAUAGUACAUAUCCCAUCAUUGAUGCCGGCGUCAGUGAUGAAGCAAAGUCCGUCUGUCUUCUUCUUGGGUGUCUCAUCCUCGAAAUCUGAAUCGCUGGAGUCUGACGAGCCACCUGAAACAUACUGUCCAAGAGAAGAUAACAAAACAUUUGCAGCCUUAGCGACUUGCUUGUCAGAGUAUUUUUGUCCGCCUUUCUUCCAUUGCUUAUCCUUCUUCUUCUUCCUCUCCCUGAACUUCUCCUGGCGCCUGGAGGAGUUAUUGCCCUGCUCAAAAGAUCUCUGCUUGUUUGGGCAAUCAGCAGCAAAGUGUCCUCGCUCACCACAGUUGAAGCAACCAUCUGAACGUCUUCUAUUACGCCUGUUGUCAUACACACGCUUAAACUUGUUGGAGAGCAGUACAAGCUGAUCAUCAUCUAGCACCUCCAACUCCUCAUCUGCAACAUGACACAAAGAAGACAAAGCAAAACUGGAAACAUUUGGAUUAGCAUUAGUGUUAGUCUUAUUUCCAGAAACCAAAGCCAUUGGAACGUCAGAAGAAGAAGCAGCCAUGGGAUUUUUCAAUUUACGCUUAGAAACAAUUUCAAUCUCUUUUGAUUUGAGCUUACUGUAAAGCUCAUCAGUGGUGAGAGUUUCAUAACCUACAGAUUCAACGAUCGCCUCAACUUUCAUAUCCCAUUCAUCAUUAAGUGAAUGUAAUAAUCUGAGAGCCCUAGCAUGAUCAUCAUAAGGCAUAUUUCUAUUCAUGGCCUUCAUCUUAUUAACAAUCACUUGAAAACGUGCAAACAUGUCAUCAAUAGA